GAAAAAUCAACGUCAUAGAGUCUGUGUCCAGCAAUAUAAUAACAGGCCCCGUAAGUUGCGGGGCUUAAACUUGCUACAGGCAGAAAGAGUGAAAAUAUGGGAAUUGAAAAACCCAAUAUGUUCAAAAUUUAAUUGACUUCUCUCUACACCCGUGUUAAUAAGAAUAUUGUCACUAAAAUACUGGAGAUUACAGCACAUACAGGACAUUUGUUGGCAGUGGAUAGUAGCAAUAGCAGUCCCAAGUUGGUUUAUUUUACCUGCCUAUACACAAGUACAUUAUGUCAGGUGUGAACCUUUAUUUGUUUUAAUCCCAUUAGAAAAUAUCUUUUUGUUGGAGUGCAUAAGGAAUUAGUUUAUGCUGUGGAUUGUUUGGCUGAUGAAAGAAUGCUGAGUAUUGAUUUCUAUUCAUUAGAUUCAGCUACUCUACCACUCCUUGAAGGACCAGAUUCUGAACAAAACCUUCCUAUCAAUGAUAUUACGAAGCAAUUUGCUCGGAGUGGUCACUAUCCAUUACCACCAAUCUCAGAAAUUAAAUAUGUUUUUGCACCUGAAUUUAAAAGAGGUUUUGCUAUGGCUUCCAGUGAUGAAAUGAUUCGUCAAAAUAUUCCUUCUGCUGAUUUACUCUCUUUUGAUGGCUAUAUGACAUUUAUUAUUGUUGAAGCUAUUGUACUCAUCAUAACCGGAUCUGCUGUGGCUUUAACUGCUUGGUUUUUUUCUGGAGGCCAGGUAAAAAGCAAUAGUUUUGUGAGUGAGAUUUCCUGAUUAGUUUGUUGGAUUUGGUAAUGUAACGUGGGAGCAAUACAACAGCUUAUGCAUAAACAUUUCAGCCUGUAUCUGAAAAUAUACUCCCAUGCAAUAUUGUUGAAUCUCAAUUGUUUUUUAAUGCCACUAUGCCAGGAAAAGAGACAUGCCUCAUAAGCUCAUAAAUGUAACAUCCGACCGACCUUGGAUUUGUCAAAGCAUAUGCCCGACAGUGGUGCCUUUGUUUCCAAAAGUUUGAUGCAGUCAGACAACAACGUUGAAUCUACCUCAACUACCAAUGCUAAUAGAGUGCGUAUUGGGAAAAUUUCUUAUGAUAUCCAGCAAGUUUUGGGCCAUGGAAGUCAUGGGACUAUAGUAUUUAAGGGUACAUUCGAUGAGCGUGAAGUUGCAGUCAAGCGCAUUCUCCCGGAAUGUUUUGAAAUGGCUGAUCAUGAGUAUGUGGAGAAUAAUGACAUUCAAAACUAUGAUCAGUGUUCUAAAUUGAUUCUCAAUCAUGCUGUAAGAGGACUUGCACAUCUUCAUCGUUUGGGUAUUGUUCAUCGGGAUGUAAAGCCUCGCAAUGUUCUGAUAUCUUUUUCGUCACUUGGUGGAACACGAGCAAUGAUAUCAGACUUUGGACUGUGUAGAAAACUUCCUCACAAUCGCCAUUCAUAUACCGCAAUGUCUGGUAUUGCAGGAACAGAAGGCUGGAUAGCUCCAGAAGUAUUUAACCAAGAUCGAAAAGUGACAUUUGCUGCUGAUAUCUUCUCAAUGGGUUGUGUUAUGUUCUUUGUUUUUACAAGAGGAUUUCAUCCAUUCGGUCAAUUUCUAAAGCGGCAGGCAAAUAUUUCAACUGGAGAUUUCAAUCUUAAUGAACUAUUCGAAAUA